AUGGGCCUGUUUUCUCGUAAAGAUAAGACGCCAAAAGGCGACCAGGCCAUCAACACCUCCCAGUCCAAUGUGAGCGUAAACUCGCAUUCUUCGAGCUUGAGAUCUCCUGCUCCUGGCGCCAACCGCAACCCCCUCAAUCGAACUUCAGCUACUAGCACAUCCCCCGGUGGCCCAAUGUCUCCAGUCAAACUCCCAAAGAUCGAUCUCCCUCGACCUCCGGACCCCCAGCUCGACCCUGCUGGUUACUUGCGAAGUCUUGGUGCUGUGAGAGAGCGAAGCAAGAUUGUCACUGACAAGGCGCUGCGCAAUGAGUUGAAGCAUUUUGAUGUGGACAUGGGCAAGUUUCCCGAUGUGGUUACUUUUGUUACAGGAAUUAUCAAGCGAGACUAUGAUGCCCCCUUCCUCAGCAUUCCCGGCCAUGGUAGAUACCAGCACUUUGCUGUCGGAGGUCGAGAUCGCAUUGCCCAGCUUCUUUCCACCUGGCCCACCAAUGUGGAUAACACAGAGCGAUGCCGACGUUUGAUCGACCUUUUCCUAGUCAGCGUGCUGCUAGAUGCGGGCGCUGGCACUUCCUGGCAAUACAAGAGUAAUGAAAAUGGCCGCGUGUACAGAAGAUCAGAGGGAAUCGCAGUUGCCAGCUUGGAGAUGUUCAAGACUGGAUUGUUUUCUGGAAACCCCAACAACAAAUUCCAGGUCGACAAGGAUGGUCUCAAGAAUCUCACUGUCGAGAAGCUCGCUGCUGGUCUUCAAUCAAAACCUGGCAAUGAAAUGGCUGGUAUUCAGGGUCGCACCGAUCUUCUGAUCCGCCUUGGAGAAGCUUUAGCCGCUAAGGACGAUUUCUGGGGCUUUGAGGGUCGCCCUGGAUGCUUAAUCGACCAUCUCCUCGGCCACCCCUCAACACAAGCUUCGUCUAUGCUUAUCGUUCCCCUGCCCGUCCUGUGGAACGUCCUAAUGACUGGUCUCGCUCCUAUCUGGCCCGCAAACCGAACCGCGAUCAACGGUGUCUCCCUUGGUGACGCUUGGCCCUGCCAGGCUAUGCCUCAACCUGGCGCAUCUCCCAAGGUUUCCGCUUUCCCCAACAGCUCAAACGCCGCUGCUUGGGAGUCUAUUCUUCCUUUCCACAAACUCACCCAAUGGCUCACCUAUUCGCUCAUGCAACCGAUGCAACAACUCCUCAAGAUGCACUUUGCCGGAACAGAAUUGCUCACCGGUCUGCCCGAGUACCGAAACGGUGGUCUUUUCGUCGAUAUGGGUGUCUUGAACUUGAGGAAGGAUGAUUUGGAGAGGGGUCUUCAGAACUACAAUGAGUGGGUGCAACGGACAGGCGCAAAGGGCGUCGAGGUAGCACCCAUGUUUGAGCCCAGUGACGAUGUCAUCGUUGAGUGGAGAGGUGUCACAGUCGGUUUCCUCGAUAUGCUGUGCGUCGAGGUUAACAAGGCACUGAAGCCAGAGCUGGGUGGAAAUGAAUUGACUUUGGCGCAGUUGCUAGAGGCUGGUAGCUGGAGGGGCGGCCGCGAGAUUGCCGAGAUCAACAGACCUAAUACCAAGGAGCCCCCGAUCCUUAUCGAGAGCGACGGCACCGUAUUCUAA